AUGCUGCUCAAUGGCAGCCUGGGGUUGCGCAGCAGCCCGGGCCCCUUUGUCUCAGUGCAGCGCGCACAUCGCGUGCGGCCUGUGGCGAGGGCCGAGGGCGGGGGCGACAGCGGCGCCAAGGGCGGCACCGCGCUCUCAGAGGACAUGAUUGCGCGGCUCCGCGCCGCCGAGGAGGAGGCCGCACGGCUCAAGAAGCAGCUAUCGGAUCUGCAGCAGGCGCAGCAGGCGGGCGGCGCCCCGGCCCAGCCGCGCGACCCGGUGCUUGACGGCGCCCCCAAGCGCAUCGACGGCACCGACAAGCGCGAGACGCUGUUCAGCGGCCCUUCCAAGCGCAACUCCUGGCUCAGCGAAGAGGACGUGGACUGGAUCACGGGGGGCGGCCCCAGCGAGGCGUCCGCCAGCAGUGGCCCCACAGAGGAGCAGCAGAGCCUCAUCGGCCGCCGCCUCGCCAUCGGGGCCGUCGCCACCGCGGGGCUGGUGGCGUUCUCCCUGGUGCCGACCAAGGACCUGCGGCUGAAGCCCGCCAAGCCGCUGUACUUCUACCUCACGGCGCUGCUGAGGGUGCAGGAGCAGCUGGUGCAGUGCAAGGACCUGGUGGAGGACGCCGACUGGACGACACUGCGCCUCAUCCUGCCGCGCAUCACGGGGCCACCGGGUGACGCCAAGGCCAGCCUCUUUGACGCCAUCGCCCUGCUCAACGACAGGGCCGUGGCUGCCAAGGCUGAGGAGGUGGCGGGCGACUUUUUGGAGUCUGUCGCCAACAUUGACAGCCCGCGGCGCUACUACGACGCGAUGCCGUCACGCCAGAUCUCCGGGUCCCAGAACGCCGAGUUUGUGCGGUUCAGCAGCGGCGCCCUGGUGCGGGCGCAGUCUAAGCUGACAGAGUUCCUGGCGCUGAUGCCGCGCGACGCUGUGGCGGCGGCCAAGCAGGCGGUGGCCGCAGAGCUGGCCGGCGCAGGGGUGGAGUGA